UUUUGCAUAUAGUAUAAUAUCGUAAUUUUUAUAACAGUACCUCCAUUUUAAGAUAUUUUUUGGCAAUUGCUUAUAAUUGAUUAAAAAAAAAUUUUCUACAAAAUAAAAUAAUUAAAGCAAUUAAUCAAAAUAAAACAUACAUGAUAUAAUAAUUAUUCAAGUAUUUGAAUAUACUAUCAAAGAAUCGAUUAUAUUCAAUAAAUGUAAACUUAAUGCAACAUCUCGUUGAAGUAAAAACUGCGUAUGAUGGAAUCGCUUACAGCGCAUAAAAUAAUCACAAAAAAUUUUUCAUUUCUUAAGUUAUAUCUAAAUCAAUGGGUAAAUUCAGAAAAGUCACUUUUAGAUGAUAAGUCGAUUGAUUCAUUUGGAGAAUUCUAUAUUUCUGUACUCCCAACUGAUAAUAAUAAGUUAAAUUUUAGAGUUACAAAAACAUUUACAAGGUCUGCAAUAGCGACUAUUGAAUUGGAAAUUGAAAAUUUGAAAUGGAUGAUAAAAGACAUUUCUGAUUGGAAAGAUGUAUGUGAUUUUGAUAUCAUAUCAUGCCCUGUACACUUUUUACAAGUUUGUUAUAGUGAUGACAAACGUUGCCCCUAUUCGGGCAGGCCUAAGCUUUGUCAAUACAGAAAUUUUAAUUUAAAUAUUUCUUGCAAAAUAAUCUGGUAUGGAUUUGUCGAUGAAUUAAAUUCACCAAAUUUAUAUGAGCAUACAGGGAACUAUUUGUUUAAUACAGAAUUCAGUGACAUUGUAAUUAAAGUACAAGAUAAAAAAUUUCCAGCUCAUAAAAUUAUUUUAGCAUCUCAAAGUCGAGUAUUUGAAGGAAUGAUAUUAACAAACAUAAUGAAAUUUGGAGAAAAUAGUAUUUGUCUUCCCGACAUGAAAGUUGAAGUAGCCAAUGAAUUAUUGACAUUUCUAUACCACGGAAAAUUGGUAAAAGCCAUUGAUGACAAUGAUCUUCUAAUGGAACUUUUUAAAACCGCAACAACUUAUAGAAUAGAUGCAUUGAAGGAUAAAUGCGCUAUGAUAUUAGGUGUUAAUUUGAAUAUUGACAAUGUAUUGAGGCUGUUGGAAAUGUCAGAAACUUAUAAUUCAGUUAUUUUAAAACAAAGAGCUAUGACAUUUAUUAUUAAUAAUCGUGAUAAAAUAAUAAUCUUAAGUGAUUUCAGGAAACUGUGUAAACGCAAUCCUGAGUUGAUGUUUGGAAUUCUUGAAAAAUUUAAGACAAUUAUCCAUAAUGUUUAAUCAUUAUUAAGCUUUGUUCUUCAACAACUGUAUUAUGGAAAAAAUAAUCUGUUUUCUUUUUCAUUCAAAUAAACAAUUUUGAUAAUCAUAACAAUAAUAAUAUUAUUUUAUUGAUUUAAAAGAAGUUUUCUUUGUAAUAAUAUUUUUUUUUUAAUCUAUAGUAGUAUCAGUUUCACUAGUUGCUGACUUCUAUAGGCAAAUUUUAGUAGACAAGCUCAUACAAUAAUUUUCCCAGAGCUGAUUAAAUACCAGGUAAUUUCCAUUUACUCGAAGACCAGCAGGACUUUCUUCGAAUCCUAAAAAAGCGAGUCAAAUGAAACCACUAGUACAAUACUCUAGAGCCAAGAAAUAUUUUCUUGAUUGUAAUAAAAAAUGUAACUGAAGAUCAAAACGUUUUUCGCUUAAGGAAAAAAAAUUGGAAAGUAAAAAAUCCACUGGAUGACGAGAUUUUUGAAAUGUUUUGUAUAUAGAUGUCGGUAUGUCAGCUAAAAAUCUUAGGCCACCCCCAGCCUCCGGAAUUAAACCCCUUCAGCAGUAAAAUUACCAAAAUUUUUUUAAUUUUCGUUGCAUGAAAAACGUUUCGAUCUUCAAGUACAUAAUAAAAAUGCAUUGUCUGUAGAAAUUUAUAACCAGAUUGAAGCGAUCAUUAUUAAAAUAACGAGUAUUAUACUUUAUUUUAGUAGAGAAUUUAUUGUUUUUUUUUUUAUUAUGUGAUAAUUAUAUUUCUGCGUACUUUUGAAAUUCAAAAUAUGCAAAAUUUUGACUAUUUUUUAAACCUAUCAUGUGGGUACUCAUUUCACGGAGAAAUUUACGAGCGAUAUCUUUCUUAUAUUUAUUUAAUUUUUUUCCUACACUGUAGAUAAUUUUUUGGACCCGGUGUAGUGUAAAUGUCGCGGUGUAAAAAUUCUGGUGUGAAAAUUACACCAAAUUCGGUGUUAAAUUUAGGCAGUGAAAAUUUAGAAUUUUUACACCGCCAACCGUGUAAACGUAUAAUUCC